CGAUCUUGGCCUCUAAAAGAUGAUUUAAUGUUCCAUGUUACGUUGAUUUAUGUUAACCGUUAUUCGUAAUCUCGGCAUAAAAGGUGUGCCACUGUGUCUUCUUACUCUCCUCUGGUUGCACACAUUUUCAUUCCAUUUAUCAAUAGAAGGAAGGAGCAGAUACAGGCAGCAACAUGAGUUCAGGUUUUUCAUCAAAGGUCCCCGAUUGCGUGGUCCAGACAUGCUACGAGUACGAAGGCGUCAUUAUGCCUCACUUCAUGCCCUUGUCGGUGCUGAAGCGCGUCAGGAAAUUCGAAUGUCGACCCGAUGACAUGUUCAUCGUGACCUAUCCGAAGUCAGGCACAACGUGGCUGGAGCAGCUGAGUCUGUUAAUUAAUCAUGACGGUGAUACCAGUAAAUUGGACGGCACCCAUAUCAUGACUGUAGUUCCAUUCCUUGAGAUCGUGGAAAACCCCCUAGACGCAUCGUCACCGCCAGUAAUCGACAGGGCUGAAAAGAUGGCGUCACCAAGGAUACUCAAAUCUCACUGCCACUCGACUUUCCUACCCGAGGGUAUCAGCACCGAUGAUCCGAAAGCUAAGGUGGUUUACGUAGCCCGGAACCCAAAGGAUACGGCUGUUUCCUACUACCAUUUCUGUGAAUACGUUCCGACCCUGCCAACCUAUGGUUCUUGGGAUAUGUUCUUUGAAGAGUUUCUAGCUAACAGGGCUCUUCAAGGAUCUUGGUUUGAAAACGUGUUGCCAUGGUGGAAGAGAAGAAAUCAUCCAAACGUUCUCUUUCUCAAGUACGAAGAUAUGAAGAAGGACCUACAAGGAGCUGUACGACAGAUUGCUGAAUUCAUGGGAAAGUCCCUUUCAGAUGACGUCAUCGAGAAAAUCGCGAAAGCUUCGACGUUUAAGGCAAUGAAGAAGAACCCUUCAUCGAAUCCCGACACUCUGCUGAAGAAGGGCAAACAGGAGUCCGGACUCGAACAAUCUAGUAAACCCUCAUUCAUGAGAAAAGGUGUGGUUGGAGACUGGAAGAAUUAUUUCACUGACGAACAGAACAAGCGAUUUGACGAGCUGUACGAUAAGGAAAUGGCUGGCUCUGGACUUGUAUUCGAGUUUUAGGAGUUGCUUAUAGGCCGUCUUUGACCGUUGCUAUCGUCAACCGGAGUCAAUAUUGAUUUGAUUCUAAAUGACAUUAAAAUUGUGAUACACAUUUGAUUUGAUUUGAUUUGAUUUAUAGGUUUCUGCAUCUUUUUCUUUUUUUAUCAUACAUUUUCAUGAACAUAAUAUGGUUUGAUACAAUAUAUAAUUUUAUACAGAUAAUAAACGAAAUUAAACAAAUAUAUUGAAUGCGUAAUUAACAUACAUCAGAUGCACCUACAACUCUAAAAAAAAAGAGGGCAGUAGACAGUGUAAAUGUUCUUAUUAACAGGAACUAAUCUCUAGUUUCUAUGAUUCUUUAUAUUUCUAACUAUUUGCCAAAGAUUUAUGCUGCAUCGUCAUUUGAUAAUUUAUAGGAACAUAAUAUUUUUUUUGGUUUUUUUUUGGUGUGCAUCCAUUUUUGCUGUGAAGUGGUUGUUACUUGCUGUUUCCCAUGGUGGUGAUUUAAAAAAGGAUGAAGUUGCGGGCAGAAUUUAAUCAUUGACCUUCUACGUAGUAGGUCCAUGAUUUAAUGCUUGUAACCCAUUGUAAUAAUACCAAGUGCUGUGAGUUUUCUUGUAUAAAAACUUGUUUAUACUUCAUUGGCUUGAUUACACAUGCUAUCGUUUCAUCAUUAUCGUGCACAACAUUUAAACUACGUGGAAUGUCAAGUCUUAUACUGAUUGUUUCUUUUCUUCAUUUGUU